UUUAGCUUGACCUUCCUCACGUGUGCCUUAUUGUGUGAAAUAGCCCAAAACUAAAUAUUGUUAAUCAAUGGACGUCGUACACUUUAUGGAGUUGGCUACUUUCUUUAUGUUAUUAUCGUAUAUCGACGAAAUACUGACGGAUAUUAAUAGCUGAUUGGACUACCAUCCCAUGAAUUGCUUUGCUAGCCAGCGGAUUAAGCUUUAUAUAGAAAACAGGGUUAUAUUAAAUAUUGCCGGGUUAACACGUACGACACUCAAAAUCAGCAUUUAUAUCUCUAUUGGCUAUACGAUUCGCUUAUUUACGAAUUCGCAGACGACCGCACAGGCCUGUAGCCAAAUGUUAGGCAGGGAGGGUUGCCUCGUCGAUUUGUCGACCAAUCAGCACAAAGAACCUAAGAACGACCAGUGGACGUCACCUUGGUUUGUGGUCGCCAGGAAAAACCUGCUAGCUAGCUUUUACGCCGGGGCUGGUGUGUGUGCUGGAGCUAGGGCGAUAAAGUUGAAGGCACCUGAAAGAUGGCAACAAAUGUAAGCCUGGAUGGAAGUCUCACAGAAAACAAAUCCAGCCGCUUUGACCUCUUAAAAUGGUUGAAUAAAAGCCUACAGACUGAAUUCAACCAGGUGGAGCAGACAUGUUCAGGUGCAUGUUAUUGCCAGAUGAUGCACUGGCUGUUUCCAGAAUCCAUCGACUUGGAAAAAGUUAAAUUUCAAGCAAAAGAUAAAGAGGAGUUUGUCCAUAACUUCGGUCUGCUGCAGGAUAGCUUUGUGAAGACUGGUGUCAACAGAUCUGUUCCUCUAGAGGAUCUCGUCAAAGGAAGUUUCAAGGCCACCUUUCAUUUUAUGAAAUGGUUCAAGAGAUUCUUCAUUGCCAACUGUUCGGGGCAGACGUACAACCCAGUGGCGGCACGAAACGGAGUGGAAAUAAGUCUCGCAAGGCCUUUCCUUCGGUUUUCACAAUCCAACGAGCCAGCAGAAACAGUUGAAAUAGAAUCUGACACUGAUGAGGAGACUCGUGGUAAGAAGGGGACUGAUCCUUCCUACAAAGAUAAGGGGAUUUCCUACAGAGAUGAGUGGAACACCACCUUCAGUUGGAUUAAACCAAGUGAUUUGGGAAAAGCUUAUGCUUUCUGCAGUGUCUGCAACAUUAACCUCAGCAUCCAGCAUUCAGGCACGUAUGAAAUUAGGCGACACCAGAAAUCGAAAGCCCACGAUCGAAACAAAAGAAAUGUGUCUGAUGGCACCAUCACCAUUGAAGACACAGUCUCCUGUAGUGAGGCUCUUUUUCAGUUCAUCCAGACUCUUGGUAUUUCUGAGGUCUCAGCUGAAAAUGAAAAGGUGUCUCACCCCAGAACAAAGCUUGUCUUGGGACCACAUUAUCCAGAAGACAUCAUGUCAGCCUGCAGGCAAAACCCUUACUGUCUAUAUAUUUAUGGGCAGAUAGCUGUGGCUGAUGGACAACAGGCCCUAGUGGUGCUUGUGGGAUUUUUUGAUGACAAGGCAGCGAAGCACCGUAUUCGUUUCUUGGAUGCUUUCCAGACCUCAGGCAGUGAUUCGGAGGAAGCAGUGGUCAGUUUCUUGACAGAGACUUUCAAAAAGUUUGAACUUCCCAGCCAAAACCUGUGUGCUUUUUACACAGCUGGAGUAGGAGAGCACUCUGAUAAGAUAGCCUCUCAGCUGAAGCAACUCAGUCCGAACAUAGUGGCCCUCGGUGGGCUAUACAGUCUACCAGAUGCUGCUUGCCAUGCAGGUGUGAUGGAGCACUUUCAUGAAGUCAAGGAAUUGAUUCUGAAAAUCCAUGCCCACUUUGCCACCCUCUCGACUAGUGAUGAGAACCUCAAAACACUUUUCACAGGUCUUCAUGAACUUGAACAGUCUAUGUCUCCCCAAAGCACACCCUGCCAGGCCUUUUCUACUUUAGUUGGAAGGGUUGUUGGAAUGUGGCAGGAGCUCAUCUCAUACUUCGGCACAGAUGCCUGUGGAGAGGAGAAGAGUAAGUUUGAGGAGAUUUGCACGCAACUGAAAAACCCUGAACUCAGGGCCAAGUUCAUAUUUUUGGAGAGUGUUUUGAAGCCCUUGCGUUCCUUUCAGGAACGACUAGAGACACUGGACGGAACCAUUCGUGCUGAUCUUAUGCAGAUCUUGCGUGAAGCCAGUGGGCUGUUGCGUGUCUAUGCCUCUAGCUUUCUGAGACCACAGGCUGUGAUGCGCUUCCUCAAGGAGCGAGACGCAGACCUCCUCAUGAACCCCAAGUUCUACCUCCCCACACCCCAGCAGAAUCUAGGUGGGACAGCUGUCGAGGACUUCCUGUCAGAACACGAAGCAGACAUGGCGGAUUCUGUGCAGGUGUUCCUGGAAAAGUGUGUGUCCUUCUAUGCUACCCUCACAGCAAACCUGGUGGAGGGUCUUCCCCUGAGUGACGGGGUACUGAGAAGCAUGUCCCAGCUACUGAGCCCAGAGGGAAGGUUGAAGGUCACUGGGAAGGCUGUGGUGGAUCUUGCCAUGCAGCUCGGUCUCACCAGCACUCCGGAAGAAUCCUCAAAGCUUACAGAUGAUUUUCUUGAGUACCAGCUUGUGGAUGAACAGAAGGGGGAGCUGAAUGCAAGUAGUAGUGUGAAUGGCUCUGAGGAAGGAUAUUUGGAUUCCUCAUCCACACUGUCCCUGGAGGAGCACUGGGGCACUUACCUGAGGACCACAGGGGCCACAUCCAUUUUCAGGAAACUGAUGCUGAGCCUCCUGGCUCUCCCCUGCCCACCUUUGGAGGCUGAGAAGGUUUUUGCCCAGGCUGUAGCAAGUGUGGAUUUUGCCCAUUUAAAUGACAGUAAAAAAAUCGACCCUGAUGUCAUCAAUGUGGAACUGACUAGUGACAGCUGUCCCUCAGACGGUGUUAGUCCUAAACCAUCUCCCAGCAGGAGUAGCAGGAGUAACAGGAAAAAGAAAGCUCCCAGCAGCAAAGUGCUGAAUGACCUUGCAUGCUCAUUGAGGCCCUGUGCUGUGCGCCUUCAGAGGAUGACCAAGGUGAAUGUGGUAGAGGAUGAUACAGUGGCCAUGGAGGAUGAUGUCACUUGGACCAGUACUGAGGGCGGUGGUGUUAGGGGCAUGUACGGGUGGGACAGCAGCUUGCGCCAAAGACCCCCUGUCCGCACCGUCUUUCAAGCAGGCGCAGGGACAUGGUGCAAACCAAAAAGUCCAGAGAAGGAGGAUGAGGGCCCCAGAAAAGUGGCGCAGUCCACACCAGCGCCGGUAAAGAAUACGCCACGCGCCUCUGUGGCAAGCACCCCCUCUUCUGCAAGUCCCAGAUAUGGGAAGAAAGGACAGAUGUACCAGGAUGGCCAUAGCUUCAUCGUGGGAGAGCUGGCUUGGGGGAAGGUGAAGGACUUCUCCUGGUGGCCCGGGCUGGUGGUGCCCUGGCAGGGUAGGGUCGCCCCCGUGGGCAUGAGGAGAGUGGAGUGGUUCGGAGAUGGCAUGUUCUCAGAGAUCCAUGUAGCGGGUCUACUGCCGUUGGCCGCCUUUGCAAAGUGUUUCUGCACCAACUCCUAUGCCAGCUUGCCACUGUAUAAAAGUGCCAUCCACAACGUUCUGGAGCUGGCUGGUGAUCGCUGUGACAAGUCUUUCUCCUCCUCGUCGGGGGACAAAGCAGACGAGCUGAAGGCCAUGCUGGAGUGGGCCUUCGGUGGCUUUCAGCCCUCUGGACCCGACGGGUUCCUCCCUCCCUCUGACGGCAAGACAACUCCAAAGGAUUCUGACUCCUCCAUGUCUGAUUACCAGCCCCCAGCCAAGAGGAAGCACGUCUCUAAAAACAAAUCCUUUGUCGAGCCAAAGGGACGAGCUAAUAUCCUCCAAGACGUGUCUGGUAAAGUGAAAAAAAUUGAAAAUUUCUGUAUAUCAUGUGGAUCGACUGACACUGAGGUUCCGCACCCCCUGUUUGAAGGAAGUCUCUGUGAGAAGUGCAAGAAGAACUUCAUGGAGACCUUGUACAGAUACGAUGAAGAUGGCUAUCAGUCCUACUGCACGGUGUGCUGCCAUGGUCACGAGGUGCUGCUGUGUAGCAAUGCCAGCUGCUGCAGAUGUUUCUGUAAGGACUGCCUGGACUUCCUGGUAGGCCCGGGAACGUUUGAGCGGACGAAGGAGGUGGACCCGUGGAGCUGCUACAUAUGUCUGCCCCCAAAGAAGUCUGGGGUGCUGAAGCUCAGGGCCAACUGGAGCGUACGAGUCCAGGAGUUCUUCGCCAACAACAGCGCCUUUGAAUUCGAGCCACACCGAAUCUAUCCAUCCAUCCCUGCCCACAAGCGCCGGCCCAUCAGAGUCCUGUCUCUCUUUGACGGCAUUGCCACAGGCUACCUUGUGCUGAAAGACCUCGGCUUAAAGAUUGAGCUUUACGUCGCUGCGGAGAUCUGUUCUGACUCCGUCGCUGUGGGCACAGUGAAACACGAGGGAAAAGUCCAGUACAUCAGGGAUGUGCGCAGCCUCACCCGCAAACAUUUGGCUGAAUGGGGUCCGUUUGAUCUUCUGAUUGGUGGAAGCCCAUGUAAUGAUCUGUCUAUGGUGAACCCAGCUCGCAAAGGACUCUUUGAGGGCACAGGUAGGCUGUUCUUUGAGUAUUACCGUAUGCUGACAAUGAUGAGGCCGAGGGAUGGUGACGACCGGCCGUUCUUCUGGCUCUUUGAGAACGUGGUAGCCAUGGGUGCGAAUGACAAGAGCGAUAUCUGCCGCUUCCUAGAGUGUAACCCCAUCAUGAUAGAUGCAAUUAAUGUAAGCCCUGCUCACAGAGCUCGAUACUUCUGGGGAAACCUUCCAGGAAUGAACAGGCCUAUGACUGCCUCUCAGAGUGACCGAGUUAAUCUGCAGGACUGUCUGGAGAUUGGACGGACAGCCCAGUUCACCAAAGUGAGAACCAUCACCACCAAGUCCAAUUCCAUCAAACAAGGAAAGAUGGGACCUCUGCCAGUCACUAUGAACGGGAAGGAGGACUACCUGUGGUGCACUGAGAUGGAGAGGGUGUUUGGGUUCCCAAAACAUUACACGGACGUGGCCAACAUGGGCCGGAGCCAGCGGCAGAAGCUCCUGGGUCAGUCGUGGAGCGUUCCAGUGAUCCGCCAUCUUUUCGCUCCCCUCAAGGACUACUUCGAGUGCGAGUAGGAAACGCCGUUGUUGUGCCUUGCUUUCGUAACUCCACAAACAAAACAACACCAAAACAACCAAAACCGAUAACAACAGCAUGCAUACUGUAGCAGCCAGCAUGCAAACUGUAGCAGCAACAAUGGCAGCACCAGUGUCAGGGAUCAUGAGUUUUACAGUAAUGAUGAAAUGUUGCCUCCUGUUGGUGGAGGUGUGAACUUCAUCAUCACUCAGCUGACACUUUUAACUUUUUUAACACACAAAUGUUACUCUUUAAUGUUCCGAUUUCUUACAGUUUUGUAAAUGAUAGACCAUGUUAAAAUCCCAUCCACUACCUCAGUUCAUUUUGGUUGGAUUCGGUUUGAUUCUGGUGGAAACGAUUGAGCUAUUAUUUAUGAUUUUAUUCAUUGAUUUCUAUAGUGUUUUUAAAAUUGACUGUAGUCAUUUUAAAAUUGAAUUAUUUCAUUAAUCUUGUCUUACUGUGACCAUGUGACCAAUUUAGUUUUUAAGCUUUCUUAACUCACAUUUGUAUAAAAUGUAUUUGGUACACAGGUGCCCCCCCCCCCCAACUCAUGUUUGUAGUCAGAUCUUUCAAGCUCUGACACAUUUUAAUUUAUUCAUUGUAUUUAUAUACACUUAUUGCUAAUUUCCCAGCAUACAUAGUGUACACAGUACAGUGUUUUAUAUUUCAAGGAAAAACAUCCAGGUCUAAUAAUUUACCUUCCUUGUGGUUUACCAUCCUAAUCACAGUUGGUGCUCAUUUACACACAACUGGUGCUGCCUUUGAAUACACAAUGUUCAUAUUUUUAAGUGCCUGAAAAGAUGAUGUCCCCCAUCCAGAUAUGAUGGCUCAUAGGCUCAUUUUACCAAACAAACUCUUUAGCUACAGUGAGAACAUGACCGUGAAUAGUAGUACUCUAAAAGAGACACUCUUAUUUAAACAAGUCAGUAGUUUUUGUGAAUCAAGCGCUAUUUGGGUAGUAAUUAAUAGCCAUAUACCCUCCCUUCACUUAAGCAAGGCUUAAAGAACACAGGCCAAUUCAAAUAAGCCAAAAUAUCAAAAUGAAGAAGUAAGCAGUGGCAUAGUGCAUGUUUCUUUUUGGGUGAAAAGUGGUUUGCUGAAAAAAAUAAUGUCUUGUAGUGUGUGAUAAUGAUUUAAUGAUGAGGGCUGCAUAUUGAGCUGUGUGUUUAUGAGAUGAUUUUUUUGUGCCACAUGAUUUAAUCACGUUACCUCUACAGGGCCAAGACCCUGAAGCACCAGCAGCUCAUAGGGGUUCUGUUGGAGUUCAUAUGAUGUUAAUUAUGAAUUAGGGGAAGUGAUCAAUUCUUGCCUUAAAAAAAAUAUAUGUUUAACUUUAUGUUUAACUUGAAAGACUUGGUGCUGUUUCAAACUUUUCUACCCUGUUAUUCAAAUUGACCUGAAUGUCUUGGUGCUACUUCAGUCUUUUUUUUACUCUUGUUUUUUUUUCUCCAGUUAUUUGCAUUUUGUUUGUGUUUAUAAUUAUUUGCAAUAGAAUGUUGCUAGAACACACGGGUCUGCUCUUUGUUGACUUGUGUUUGUCAGAUGCUAGAAAUAAAUAUAACGCACAGUGCGUUUGUCCUGUC